AUGCUGGGCAGGAUCCACGCCACGUCUUCAGGCCUCUCCGUCUUGGCCAAGCAGGUGUGGGGGGUUCUGCGAAGCCACCUGCUGAGGCCCGAGCGCCCGUGCUCCCAGGUGCCCUGUGCGCACAGAAGUAGGAAUAACGCCUUGCACCCCCUUUGGAAGGGCCCAGCCUCCAAGCCCCGGGGCUCCCGGCAGUCCCCCAUCAACAUCCGCUGGAGGGACAGCGUCUACGAUCCCGGGCUGCGCCCUCUCCGGGUCUCCUAUGAUGCCGCAGCCUGCCGCUACGCCUGGAACACCGGCUACCUCUUCCAGGUGGAGUUUGACGACGCCCACGAGGGCUCAGGAAUCAGCGGCGGCCCCUUGGAAAACCACUACCGCCUGAAGCAGUUCCACUUCCACUGGGGAGCGGUGAACGAGUGGGGCUCGGAGCACACGGUGGAGGACCACGUGUACCCAGCAGAGCUGCAUUUAGUUCACUGGAACGCUGUGAAAUACCAGCACUACAAGGACGCCGUGAUGGGAGAGAACGGCUUGGCGGUGAUAGGCGUGUUUUUAAAGCUGGGGUCCCACCACGAGGCUCUGCAGAAGCUGGUGGACGUCCUGCCGGCAAUAAAGCACAAGGAGGCACGGGUGGCCAUGGGCCCCUUCGAGCCCUCCUGCCUGCUGCCCACCUGCCGGGAUUACUGGACCUACCCGGGCUCCCUCACCACUCCUCCACUAACCGAGUCUGUCACCUGGAUCAUCCAGAAGAAGCCCAUUGAAGUGGCUGUGAACCAGCUGGCCGCGUUCCGCACGCUCCUGUUCACCGCGCUUGGCGAGGAAGAGAAGACGAUGGUGAACAAUUACCGCCCACUUCAACCCCUGAUGGACCGGAAGGUCCGUUCGUCCUUCCAGGCCAUGAAGGAGGGCUCCAGGUCCUAA